AUGGAACACGUCUUACGUUGUAAUGCUCUCAAAUGUCGCAAGGAGCUUGGUGAUAGGGCGCUGGUGACUACCUGCAGUCAUAUAUUCUGUUUGGAUUGCGCUGCUCGUCUAGGCUUAACAUCACAGGGGCAUGAGCCACACAACUCGUGUCCGGCUUGCGGUUCUCGCCUGACAAGCCCUGAUGAUGCUGUUAUUUCGAACCUUAACCCGAGUGAGGACUAUAAGACGAGCGUCCUCAGUGGCCUUAGUCCUAAUAUCAUUAUCGAGUGCGCGAGCAGAGCUCUCAGUUUUUGGGCUUAUCAGGCCACACAGGAAGUCGUUUACCAGGAGCAUCUCAGCAAGGCUCUUACCGAGAAAUACUCGAAUCUCAGUGUUCACCUCGACAAGGUUAUCAAUGAGGCCAACCUAGAAAUCACUAGCCUACAAAAUAAACUCACGGGCAUGAGAAUGGAGCAGGACAGCCUUCGCCGAAAAAACGAAGAAUUAACCCAGGCAUACAAAGAGAAAAGCCGAAAGCUGCUUCAGAUUCAAGAAUUGUACGACAAACUUAAGAGAAAGGCUAUGCUUGGUCAGAUACAGGAUGCAGCAGAGGAUGCAAUCGAUUCGACGCUACACGGAUCACCCGCAGGGCGUGCCCAGUUUGAGAGUGGAGGUCAAAACCCUACAGGUUAUGAAGAAAUCGGAACACCUUACGGUCGACAGCAUCAUCCGGCAUUUCAUGAACAACGAAUGAUGCCUGUAGGAUACCAGCAUCAGACUACGACGCAAGAUCACGGUAGCUCAUGGCCUAGAACUAUGGGAGCUCAAUUAAAUGUACCUGUCACUCCCUCGACUCAUCGACAACGCAUUGGUGAGAAUACCGGUAUGAGUCUCUCAAAUAUUCCUGGCCUUGUCGCCGGUACACCCCAAACGCAACAUAACCGCAUAAACAUGCGACCACCACAAGUACCCCAAGGCGAGGGGCUGUCAAGCAGCAUUCAAGGAAAUCCGAGAUUUCCGCCAGUGGGAUUAAGCUCUGGAUUGAAAGUUAGCCAUGGCGGAGGAAAUCCGGAUAGGCUUGCCAGUUCUUCAGCAAGACCGCGAGUCGCACGAAGGCCAUCACCGGUUUCUUCAACUUUCAACCGAAGACCAGUAGGCGGACAACAAGAAAACAUGCUUGGCGGAGUUCGGGGCGGGUUUACCAAUCUUUAA